GCUCCUGGGCCAGGCUUCAUUCCCAGCUGCUCCUCCCAUGCAGGAUGGGAGACACUUGAACCCUUCCAGCCCUCCAGGGGUUGAAUUUCCUUCCAAAAUCUGAAGAUUUAGCACAAGAGCUGCUUGCAGAAAUACCUGCAGGCCAGCUGAGGUGGUGGCCCUGGUUGAAAAUCACUUGUAGGUAAAAACAGAUCUUCUCCAGGGCUUGGCACUGCCUCCCAAGCUGCCUUCCCCUCCUCAGUCAGCAGCAGCCACCUCCCAUCCCUGCGGGGGAAUGGCUGGGGAUGGGUCAAUCUUUAACCAAGCUGGGAAAGGACAUUUGUGAGAGCUGCCAGGGAGCUGCCUGGGCUCUGAGAUCCCUCCCCACAUUCAGGGAGGGGUUCAUGAGGGGUUUUCCUUCCCCUCUCAGAGCCCUGGCUCUGCAGGAUGGGUCUGAGCCCCUCCAAGGCGCACCCCAGGGUGACCAGGGUGGCCCCGGUGCCCAGGCAGGGGGAUGUGCCUGCUCUGAGUGCCCUGCACGGGCUCCCAGGAGAGCCAGGACAGCCCUGGGGAAAGCCCAUCUUCCACCUGGAGCUGCCACCUCUGCGGGAGACCUGGUACGGGAGAGCCUCUGCAGGGCCCCUCUCUCUGAACACCUCUCCAGGAAAGGACGGCACCAGCAUCAUCAAGCAGCACCCACCUCGAAGGCCCCAAAGGCUUGAACCUGCCAUCCCUCCACAAGCAAUCCCUCCUGCAAAGCCCUGGAGUCAGCGAGAAGUGGCUGCAAGCCCCAGACCAAAGGUGCUGGAGAAGAGAGGGCAAAGCCUGAAUCCCCUCCCUGGCAGGAGGCAGCACUUGCACAAGCUUCAGAUGCUGGACUUGACCCGCAAGCGGCGAGAGGCGGAGCUGAAGCGGAAUCUCCACAGGGAGGCGAAAAUCAAUAAGCAAAAAAUCAAGGAAUUCAGCCCCAAGGAUGCCCUUGACACUCCCCAGGGAGGUGACAGCGUCAGAAGCCCAGACCCCAUCCCUGCUGAGCACAGUCAGCCUUUUCCUGAAGACCACCCUGGAAACAGGUGGGGUGGAGGACUCUCCAGGCAGCCUGACAGGGCUGGACUCCCUCCAGCCAGGAAGGGGAAGGUUGACCUGUGGUUCUGCAGGGAGCCACGGAGCAGGGAUCCGUUCUGGGACUCCUCCAGCACGGGGUCAGAGGAGUGGGAGAGGGAAGAGAAGAUUCAUCACAAACCCACGCUUGUGAGGACCAAGACAGAGAGAGUUUCCCUUUUUGAUGACUUCUUUGACAGGGAUUUCUAGUGGCAUGGCAAGGGGUGUGCCAAAAAACAAACCCCAGCCCUGGAGGGGCUGGAAUCCUCCCAGAUGGAUGGGCUGAGGUUGGAGACAGCGCUGGCUGUAAGUGGAAUUUCUGUGAGUAUGGAAAGAUAUCUGGAAAUGAGGAGCUCUCUGAUGUGGGGUGAAUAAAAAUCCUCUGGGUUGUGUGGCUGAAUCCAGACAUCUGGGGAAGAAAGCCUUGGAUGGAGCACCAGUGAAAUGGGGGUAGAGAGAGGAGCAGGGGUUGGCAAAAAAACCCAAACCCAAGCAGAAGCUUGGGAAAAUUCUGGGUUAACCCCAAAUAUUAAAUUUCAGCUGAAAUGAAAAGUUUCAGUUGCCUUUAAGUUACUCAAUCUUCCUGUUUAAAUUGGGGUUAACCUUUUCUAAACCAUAAACCAGCUCAAAAUGCAAGGUAAAAUGAUUCAUUUAUGAAGUCUGUAAAUUAAUUUUUUUUGGCAUUUCUAAAAUAUCUCUUUGACUUUUGUGGCUUUUCUUUUUU